UUACUGAAAUUCUGUACACCAACCGCUAUCUUUUUUUUUCUUCCAGUCUUCUGUCACACUGAGACCCGGGCCCACGCUGAAGAGCGACUGCUGAAGAAGCUUUUUCUGGGGUAUAACAAGUGGUCCCGUCCCGUGGCCAACAUCUCUGAUGCCGUUCUAGUGCGCUUUGGACUAUCUAUAGCCCAGCUCAUUGAUGUGGAUGAGAAAAAUCAGAUGAUGACCACGAACGUGUGGGUGAAACAGGAAUGGCAUGAUUACAAGCUGCGUUGGGACCCUCUGGAAUACGAGAAUGUGACCUCAAUACGGAUCCCAUCAGAGCUGAUCUGGAGGCCGGACAUUGUCCUUUAUAACAAUGCUGAUGGGGACUUUGCAGUGACCCACUUGACCAAAGCCCACCUCUUCUAUGACGGACGGAUAAAGUGGACACCCCCAGCCAUUUACAAGAGCUCCUGCAGCAUUGACGUCACUUUUUUCCCCUUCGACCAGCAGAAUUGCACCAUGAAGUUCGGCUCAUGGACCUAUGAUAGAGCCAAGAUCGAUCUGAUCAGCAUGCACAAUCAUGUCGACCAACUUGACUACUGGGAGAGCGGAGAGUGGGUCAUUGUCAAUGCUGUCGGCAACUACAACAUUAAGAAGUAUGAGUGUUGCACAGAAAUCUACUCGGACAUCACAUAUUCUUUUAUCAUCCGUAGACUUCCUUUAUUUUAUACCAUUAACCUUAUCAUUCCCUGCCUUCUCAUCUCCUGCUUAACCGUGUUGGUCUUCUACUUACCUUCAGAAUGUGGAGAGAAGAUCACACUGUGUAUAUCCGUCCUGCUUUCCCUGACUGUCUUUCUCCUCCUCAUUACUGAGAUUAUUCCAUCCACAUCUUUGGUCAUCCCAUUGAUUGGGGAAUACCUGCUCUUCACCAUGAUCUUUGUCACCCUCUCCAUCAUCAUCACAGUAUUUGUAUUGAAUGUCCACCACCGUUCCCCUCGUACACACACCAUGCCAGCUUGGGUACGCAGAAUAUUUUUGGAUGUGGUGCCCAGAGUUUUGUUCAUGAAGAGGCCUGCAAAGGACAACUGCAAGAAACUGAUCGAGUCCUUGCAUGUUAGAAGGCUUAGUCCUCCACCUAGACUGUGGUCUGAGACAGAGAUUGAGCCGGCCUUCCCAAGUUCAUCCUCAGCCAGCCCCACCAGCCAGAGGGCAUCACCAGCUUCUUCCUGUUGCCACCAGCUGGAACAAACGGCCAACUCUCAAGUGAUCUGCAAGUCUCCCUCGGGGCAAUAUUCACUGCUCUGCGAGGAAUCAACUCUGACCAGCUGCCCUCGUCCUUCAAACCAAACUCAUCUUCUGGGAGAGCCCCAGACCAACCUGAUGCCCAAGGUUCGCUCUGUAAGCGUGCAACAGAUGUACACGCCCAAGGAAACCAAUGAGGCUACAAUUCGUUGCCGCUCAAGGAGCAUACAGUAUUGCUACCUUCAUGAAGAUUCUUCCCAGACCAAUGGUCAGUCCAGUACCUCUCCACAGUCUCAGAGUUGUCACGUGCAUGAAGCACAGCAGACUCCAAAUUCUCAGUGCAAAUGCAAACCCAAAAACCAAGAGAAGUCAAGUGGCACCAGUCAAGUUACCAAAACAGUCAGUACCAAAGAGCAGCAUGUGCUGCUGAUGUCUCCAUCCCUGAAGUUGGCCAUUGAGGGAGUCCAUUAUAUCGCAGACCACCUGAGAGCAGAGGAUGCCGACUUCUCUGUCAAACAGGACUGGAAGUAUGUGGCCAUGGUCAUCGAUCGGAUCUUCCUCUGGAUGUUCAUCAUAGUCUGCCUCUUGGGAACCGUUGGACUGUUCCUACCACCCUGGUUGGCCGGCAUGAUCUAA